GCUCAGUCUUCUCCAGGUUCCUGCCUCACCAGGUCCCGGCCUCUCUGCAGUCCCAGCUCCUUCGCUGGCCCACCAUCCCGCAGGCAUGCAGGAAGCCGACGUGCUGCAGCUGCUGCUGCUGCUCCUGGGCCUGGGGAUGCAGCGGUCCCACGGAGCCGUUCCUGGUAAGGGGCCCCUCCCAGCGGGCCCACACAUGGGGCGCUCCCCCAAGGCAGACCUGACCGCCCUCUCCCCUCGGCCAGCUGAGGAGGAAGACCCAGCCUUCUGGAACCGCCAGGCAGCCCAGGCCCUGGACGCCGCCAAGAAGCUGCAGCCCAUGCAAAGCGCCGCCAAGAACCUCAUUCUCUUCCUGGGGGACGGGAUGGGGGUGUCCACGGUGACAGCAGCUCGGAUCCUAAAGGGGCAGAUGAGUGGCAAGCUGGGACCUGAGACCCCCCUGGCCAUGGACAAGUUCCCGUACAUGGCUCUGGCCAAGACAUACAACGUGGACAGACUUGUACCAGACAGUGCAGGCACGGCUACAGCCUUCCUGUGUGGUGUCAAGACCAACUUCCGGACCAUCGGUGUGAGUGCCGCGGCCCGGUAUAACCAGUGCAACACCACACGUGGCAACGAGGUCAUCUCCGUGAUGAGCCGGGCCAAGAAAGCAGGGAAGUCAGUGGGGGUGGUGACCACAACGAGGGUGCAGCACGCCACGCCAGCCGGCGCCUACGCGCACACGGUGAAUCGCAACUGGUACUCGGACGCAGACAUGCCUGCCCAGGCGCUGAAGGACGGCUGUCAGGACAUUGCCACUCAGCUCAUCUCCAACGUGGACAUUGAUGUGAUCCUGGGUGGAGGCCGCAAGUACAUGUUUCCCAAGGGCACCCCAGACCCUGAGUACCCUGGUGACGCCUCACAUCAAGGAACCAGGGCGGACAUGCGGAACCUGGUUCAGGAGUGGCUGGCCAAGCACGAGGGCGCCCAGUACGUGUGGAACCGAACAGCGCUCCUCCAGGCGUCCCAGAACCACUCCGUGACACACCUCAUGGGCCUGUUUGAGCCGGGGGACAUGAAGUAUGAGGCCCAACGAGACAGCAAGCAGGACCCGAGCCUGAAGGAGAUGACAGAGGCCGCCUUGCGCCUGCUGAGCAGGAACCCCCGGGGCUUCUACCUCUUGGUGGAGGGGGGCCGCAUUGACCAUGGUCACCAUGCGGGGAAAGCCUACUUCGCACUGACCGAGACCAUCAGUUUUGAUGACGCCAUUCACAGCGCCAGCCAGCUCACCAGCGAGAAGGACACACUGACCCUUGUCACCGCCGACCACUCUCACGUCUUCACUUUCGGAGGCUAUCCCCUGCGUGGCAGCUCCAUUUUCGGGCUGGCUCCUGAGAUAGCGACAGAUGGCAAGGCCUACACCUCCAUCCUUUAUGGCAACGGCCCCGGCUUCGCGAUCAGCAGGGGCUCCCGGUCAGAUGUUGAUGAAAGCCAGACCAAUGACCCCAACUACAAGCAGCAGGCGGCCGUGCCCCUGUGGAGCGAGACCCACGCUGGCGAGGACGUGGCGGUGUUCGCGCGUGGCCCGCAGGCGCACCUGGUGCGCGGGGUGCAGGAGCAGAGCAUGGUGGCGCACGUCAUGGCCUUCGCCGCCUGCCUGGAGCCCUACACCGCCUGCGGCCUGACGCCGCCUGCUGAGCCGUCAGCAGGCCCCUCAGCAGGCCCUUCACUGACUUUGCUGGCUGGGGCCCUGCUGCUGCUGCUGCUGCUGAGGGCCGUUAAGCCCUGAUCGCCCCACCCCUCACCCCUAACCCUGGGGCCCAUCUCCCCCAGGGGCCCUUCGCCAAUUCUGGGCCACUUACUGCCAGUACGGAAUCUCCCCCUCAUCACCCCCAAGCUUCCCAGGGCCUGGCCUUUACCCUGCGGUGCACACCGCCCCCUCUCAGCCACCUGGGCACCCUGGAGGCUGUGGUGGUGGCU